AUGAACGUCUCAACAUCAAAACUCCUCGCAAGAAGACAAUUACUGCUAUCAGCACGAGCAGCUGCCAGGAGAGAACCAUACCGGUGUUUCUCCUGCUCAAUACGCCAUGAACAGCAGACACCACCUCCACCAGGAGAGAAUGGCAAUCGAACCACCCAUUUCGGAUUCGAGACAGUGGCAGAGGCAUUGAAAGAGAAAAAAGUCGCCACCGUCUUCUCCUCCGUCGCCUCCUCCUAUGACACGAUGAACGACCUCAUGUCGCUCGGCAUCCACCGCCUCUGGAAAGACCACUUCGUGCGCAACCUCAACCCAGGCUCCAACCCCCUCACCUCGCGCUCCCCCAUCUCCCCCGGCUGGAAUAUUCUGGACAUCGCCGGCGGCACCGGCGACAUCGCCUUCCGCAUGCUCGACCACGCCUCCACCCUCAACCACGACGCCCACACCCGCGUCACCGUCGCCGACAUCAACCCAGACAUGCUCGCCGAGGGCCGCAAGCGCGCGCUCAGCACCCCCUACGCGCGGACGCCGCGGCUGGAUUUCGUCGAGGCGAACGCAGAGCAUUUGGAUAUGAUACCGGACGCUAGCAUCGACUUAUACACCGUGGCGUUCGGCAUACGUAACUUCACGGACAAAGACGCGGCGCUGCGCGAGGCGUUCCGGGUGCUGAAGCCCGGUGGAGUGUUUGCGUGUCUAGAGUUCAGCAAAGUGAACAGCGCGCUGUUCGAUGCGGUAUAUAAGCGGUGGAGCUUUGGGGCGAUACCACUUAUCGGGCAAUUGGUAGCUGGGGAUCGGGAUAGUUACCAAUAUCUAGUAGAAAGCAUUGAGAAGUUCCCGAGCCAGACGGAGUUCAGGGAUAUGAUUGAAAGGGCGGGGUUUUUGGUGCCGGGGAAGGGGUGGGAGGAUCUGACGGGGGGGAUUGCGGCGAUUCAUAAGGGGGUGAAGCCGGUUGAGGGGAUGAUUUGA